AGGGGGCGGUGCCCGCGAAGCUGAUUGGUGGUGGCGUCCUACGCGCCGUUGCGUCUUUCUUGUAGUGUGUGUGCGCUGUCCCCGCAGAGCCGCGGCAUGGCGGACCCGGAGGCGUUGGGUUUCGAGCACAUGGGUCUCGACCCCCGGCUCCUGCAGGCCAUCGCCGACCUGGGCUGGUCGCGACCCACGCUGAUCCAGGAAAAGGCCAUCCCGCUGGCCCUGGAAGGGAAGGACUUGCUGGCUCGGGCCCGCACGGGCUCGGGGAAGACGGCCGCGUAUGCCAUUCCCGCGCUGCAACUGCUGCUUCACAGGAAGGCGACAGGCCCUGCGGUAGAGCAAGCUGUAAGAGGGCUCGUCCUGGUGCCCACCAAGGAGCUGGCGCGGCAGGCCCGGUCCAUGAUCCAGCAGCUGGCUGCUUACUGUGCUCGAGACAUCCGGGUAGCUGAUGUCUCAGCUGCAGAGGACUCAGCUUCUCAGCGAGCCGUGCUGAUGGAGAAGCCUGACAUGGUUGUGGGGACCCCAUCGCGUGUCUUGAACCAUUUACAGCAGGACAGUUUGGUCCUGCGAGACUCCCUGGAGCUGCUGGUGCUGGAUGAGGCCGACCUUCUCUUCUCCUUUGGCUUUGAGGAAGAACUCAAGAGUCUGCUCUGUCACCUGCCCCGGAUUUACCAGGCUUUUUUGAUGUCAGCUACCUUUAACGAGGACGUGCAAGCACUCAAGGAGCUGGUACUCCAUAAUCCAGUGACUCUCAAGCUGCAGGAGUCCCAGCUGCCGGGGCCAGACCAGCUGCGGCAGUUCCAGGUGGUCUGCCAGACAGAGGAAGAUAAGUUCCUGCUGCUGUAUGCCCUGCUCAAGCUGUCGUUGGUCCGCGGCAAGUCCCUGCUCUUUGUCAACACUCUGGACAGGAGUUACCGGCUGCGUCUCUUCCUGGAGCAGUUCAGCAUCCCCACCUGCGUGCUCAACGGAGAGCUCCCGCUAUGCUCCAGGUGCCACAUCAUCUCACAGUUCAACCAGGGCUUCUACGACUGCGUCAUAGCGACUGACGCCGAAGUCCUGGGGGCCCCGGUUAAGGGCAAGCGUCGGGGCCGAGGAUCCAAGGGGGACAGGGCCUCUGAUCCAGAGGCAGGUGUGGCCCGGGGCAUAGACUUCCACCACGUGUCUGCUGUGCUCAACUUUGACCUGCCACCCACCCCUGAGGCCUACAUCCAUCGAGCUGGCAGGACAGCGCGCGCCAACAACCCGGGCAUGGUUUUGACCUUCGUGCUCCCCACUGAGCAGUCCCACCUGCACACGAUUGAGGAGCUUCUCAGAGGAGAGAACGGGGCCCCUGUCCUGCUUCCCUACCAGUUCCGCAUGGAGGAGAUCGAGGGCUUCCGCUAUCGCUGCCGGGACGCCAUGCGCUCGGUGACCAAACAGGCCAUUCGAGAGGCCAGGCUGAAGGAGAUCAAGGAGGAGCUUCUGCAUUCAGAGAGGCUCAAGACGUACUUUGAAGACAACCCCCGGGACCUCCAGCUGCUGCGGCAUGACCUGCCCUUGCAUCCUGCCGUGGUGAAGCCUCACCUGGGCCACGUCCCUGACUACCUGGUUCCCCCUGCUCUGCGCGGCCUCGUCCACCCUCACAAGAAGCGGAAGAAGCUGGCCUCCAAGAAGAUCAAGAAGGCCAAGACCCAGAAUCCCCUGCGCAGCUUCCGGCACAGGAAAGAGAGACGCAGACCCACGGCUGUGCCUUCCUGAGGUCGUCUGCACAGCCUCGCUGUCUGCCGGGGCCCCUUCCAGAGCUGAGCACCGAGCAGGGUGCGGGUGCUGGUUUCCCACUCUCGCUGGACUGGAUUCUGGAGCAGGCCCGCGGUGCUGCCAGGCUGGCCUUGUGCUCCUUGACGGUAGAUUGCAGCUGUCCUGACUCUUGCUCCCUGCAAGUAGGAAGGAUGCUUUUCCCUGGAAACCUUGGAAAUUAAACUGCUUCCGGGAGGUGG